UAUACAUUUUAAGCGAUUAAUUAUGUCUUCCCGAUAACUUCAUACACUAGCAAAAGUUUUAUAUACUUUACUAAACUGUUGUUUAAAAGAUAACAGGUUUUGUUUAAUGGUUUAUAUACAUUUCAGUAAGUAGUUUAAAGGUUUGCUAGCCGCUGGUGAGCUGCAUGCUAAGGAAGCAUAAAUCAUGCAGACAGUGACUCCACCUAGAGAAGGUAUGACCCUAAUCGACAAGACCAUGAAGAUGAGGCGAGAGGAGCAGGAGCGCCAGGUUCUCCUAGCCUGGGCGGUUCUCAAUAUUUCUCUGGCUGGCAUGAUUUAUACUGAAAUGUCAGGAAAGCUGCUGAGUAGAUACUACAAUAUUACCUACUGGCCUAUCUGGUACAUUGAACUCAUCCUAGCCUCUCUGUUCAGCCUUAAUGCUGUGUUUGAUUUUUGGAAGUACUUCAAGUAUACCAUGGCCCCUUCGACCAUCUUCGUCUCUCCUGAACAGCAUCGACUUCUCGGCCUACACAACUCAGGCAUUCAGCCCUCACCGCCUCAAAAGCCAGAGAAGAAGGAGGCUCCAGUGUCUACCCAGUCUCCCCCACUGCAAGGACAGAAUGUUCUCAGUUUCAGCCCUGCUCGGCCUCCAAGCAACAGCCCAAAGUUCUCUCCCAGCUGUGUGCCUGGGUACAGUCCAUCUUUAAGUAACCCUUCUUCACCAGCCAGUGGUGGACCCUUCUCACCUUCUGUGGCCUUUGGCAAGGUGCUAAACUACAGUCAGUCUUCCAAUUCCUCCCCAUACCCAAGCAGUCUGGGCCCAGCUGAAGGCACAAGUCUGCGAGCACGGUACCGCACCUCGCCCUCUGUCUUCAGCUCUCCAGGAGGAAAGGAGGACUACAUGGAUGAUCUCAAAUCUCUGGAAAAAUUUCUUCGCUUGGAGGAAGAGAAGAACCACCGUAGUCACCUUGGAAGUCCUGAGGCUACGUCUCCGUCCCACAGUCCAACUUUCUGGAAUUAUAGCCGCUCGGUGGGCGAUUAUGCUCAGAGUCUGAGGAAGUUCCAGUACCAGCCAGCCUGUCGCUCACAGGCUCCCUCUGCCCACAAAGACGAAACUGAGCUGGGAUCCAAGCAAGCUGCUGAGGAGGUGUGGGCACGUAUCACAACCAGUUGUUUAGUUACUGACAACAUUGAUAGCUGGACUGCCAAACUGAGAAAUUGGAUAAAUGACACCAUUCUGGUUCAUCUGGUAAAAGAAAUAGACUCGAUCAAUAGCCAACUCAGAAGAAUGGGCUGCCCAGAGCUGCAGAUAGGAGAAUCGAGUAUCAGCAGUCUCAAACAGGCUGCUGUAGCCAAAGCCUUAGCCAUCCCCACCCUCAAUACCAUAGUGCAGUAUCUGGAUAUCAGCCCCAACCAGGAGUAUCUGGUAGAGAGAAUCAGAGAAUUGGCCCACAGCGGCUGCAUGAGCUCCUUUCGCUGGAAUGGAGGGGGAAACCUGAAGAACCGAAAGUGGGAUACAGACCUCCCAACUGACUCUGCUAUCCUUAUGCAUAUUCUGUGCACAUACCUAGACUCCAGACUUCCUCCCCACCCAAAAUACCCAGAUGGCAAAACCUUCACGUCUCAGCAUUUCAUUCAAACGCCAAACAAACCAGAUCCUACCAAAGAGAACCUCUUCUGCAUCCACCAUAGCAGCACCAACCCACCUCACUAUCAGCUUGUGUAUCAAGGCCACAUCUACAGCCUUCCAAAGGGCAGAAAUAACUUAUUCCACACAGUCCUCAUGUUCCUUUUCAUCAUUAAAACCAAGGAGUCCGGCAUGCUGGGGAGAGUCAACUUGGGUCUAUCAGGGGUCAACAUUCUCUGGAUAUUUGGAGAUUAAUAUUGUCUUCCUCUAAAAUGGUCACCCAGAGGGCUGUUUAGGAUUUUGAUUUAAUAUUAUAUAUGUUUGCUCCUGACUUCAUUACUUUGGGGAAUCAUGCACAGUGCUUUGAUUCUUCACUGGAACAAGUUUGGUAAAACAUCUAAUUCACAGACUUUACCUCACAUCUGCUCGGUUAGUUGAGUUUUCAGGGUCGGUUUUACAUUUGCACCGACUCUGAAGCCAAUACAGCCUACAGCAAUAAGAGUCGCUGUAACGAUACCAUGUCUGAAUGACUACAGUUUGUGUAAAUUCUUUGCCAAAAUAUUUCUGGAAUUAAAUGGAACCUUAGCUGUAGUUUGCCAGACACUGGAAUCUUUUUAUGAGAAGAAUGUAUUUUUAACAUGAACACUCUACAUGCAAAAGUUGUAGCUUUGAAGUAAAAAUUGGCCAUAAUGGCUAUAUUUUCACUGUAAAUAAUUUGCAUGUUGUAUAUCUUUGAUGUAAAGCUGUGGACUUUUUUGACUGAUGUGUGAAGGGUGUAUUUUUAUAUGUUUACUGUUAGCUGGUUGUUAGUGACUUGUUUGUAGGUUUCAUUACAUGUACAGUCUUUCCUCCAUUGCUGUUUUAUUCCCUCCUGUUAUAGUAAGUGCUGUACAUUUGUAACAAUCCCCAUCAGAAUUGAAAACCAGAGUGCAAACAAUAUGCUUUCUAGUUAAAGGUAUGCACGUUUAACACUUUUUGUUUGCCAUCUUUAAUAAAUACGUGUACAGUACAUUUUUUA